UGGCUUAAACUUACAUUGUUAUCCUAGUUCACAACAUCGCUCGAGGUCUCCUCAACUUUCCCGAACAAAACACAUUCGCUACGUGACGUUGUUAAUACGGAAUCCUCCCACUCAACGCAGGACAACUCCGAAACUCCGUCGAACAACGAACAGAAACUUCCCGGUGCCACGCCCAUUCAACUGCAGACCCCAGAACGCCCCCCACCAGGACCACAAUGAGUGUGCCAGGGAGUCAGGGGAUAGGAAGUGGAAUUGGACACAGGUGGCUCUUGGUUUGGAUGACGGUGCUGCUCCUGGUCGUCCCACCGCAUUUGGUCGAUGGCCGUUACCUGCCGACAAGGUCGCAUGGCGACGAUUUGGACAAGUUGCGUGAACUGAUGUUGCAGAUUUUGGAGUUGAGCAAUGAGGACCCACAGCAGCAGCAGCAGCAGCAGCAACAGCAACAGCAGCAACACCCACUGCUGCGUCUGCACAAUGAGGCCACCAGCAGCAACAGUAACAGCAACAAUCCACGCGUGUCCAACGGCAACUCAAAUGCCGCCUGGCUGCAGAAGCUGAGUGCCAUGGGUGCCCUGGAUGAGUUGGGCGGAGAUGGAGCCCAACGAUUUGGACCCAACUAUGGACGAUACUAAGCCAUCUGAACCGAGAACACCUGACGACAACAGCAGCAACUUUGACAAGGGAAACGGAAACUAGGGGCAGGGGGGGAAAUCAUGUUGCGAUUGAAAAUGUUUUUUGGGUCCGAAAAAAGGGAUAGUAGUGUCGGAAAUGUUCACAGGAUUAAAAUCCAAUUGAAGCGAAAGCAAAGUGCGUGAAAAUAGAUGGGGCAAAGACCUCUUGUGGAAAUCACUUUGAACUGGCUUGUGCCAUUUUGAAAUGCUUAAAAGGACACUCUGUAAAAUCACUUUCAUUCCCUUCAAAUGCUAAACAUUCUCAAAACUUAUUUAAUUUGUUAAAAACCCAUUUAAAGCCAUUGUAUUACCUUUAGAUCUUGUUAAGCCAUCUAGAUUAGAUAUGUAUAUUCCUAAAUUACAUUCACAUAUAUUUGACUAAAUUCACUUUUGAAGUUCACUCUGAGUUUUAUGUAGGCCAAUUAUUAAAUGUAUUUUUGGUGAACCAACUAUUCACGACUAUUAGUUUGAAGUUAAAACUUUAAAAUAUUUAAUUUUUUUGUGUUCAUAAACAAAAUUGUGUAUUUGGAACAUUAUUCAUAGCUUACGGUAUGGAAAAAAAAUGUAAAAUGAUACCCACAUUUAAAAUUUCAACAUGGUUUCCACUUAACCCCAAACUGGAAUCAUUCUAAAUACGAAAAGAAAAACUGAAAAGAAAUUCAGAACAAACUGAAAAUGGAAAACUUGAAAGGACAAAGGCAGUUCCUAUGAUAGAACAAUAAUUUUUAAAAUCCUUUGGGUAAGCCCGAAGCGAAAAAUGUACCUAUAUGUAUGUACCUAUGUGUUGUAGAUCAACCCCGUCCCUCUGAAACAAAGCGAACUCUGAAAAAAUACCCUUUUAAUGGUGUAGACUAAGUGCGGAUUUUCAACUUUUUUUUGCGCGGCCAAACCAGAGAUAAAAAUUAAAAGUACCAUAAAAUUGUAAAUAUUUUACCCCCAAAAAGCACUCCACUCCCGCCCCACGAACAAUAAUAACUGGAGUUUUAAUGGGCCCCCAAGGCUGACCGGGGCAUAUGAAGAUAUAUAGUUAAUGUAUUGUGUAUUUAUAAAUUAUACUACUCCCAACUAACCUCCACUAGCUGCGAUGGCCUCCGCUGGAAGAUGGGCCCAAGUUUAAUGCGAUUUCGGUUGAGACUUUAUGGCCAACAACAUGUCGAGGGAGAUAUACCUUUACUUAUACCUAUACACACUAUUAAAUUCGUAUAUAUAUAUAUAAAUGUACAUUUAAUUGUUGUUAACUUACGUUAUCGUUAUUACUUAUGAUUCGCCGCAGAAGCAACAAUAAAAGAAAUCAUUUUCAAUGCAA